GCUUUCUGGAAAUUACAGUUUGGCAUGCUCAUGCUACGUGCCUCUAUUUUUGUUUUAAAUCCCUCCGGGCAUCUGAGAUUUAGGCCGUCGAUGUAAGUUCGGCCCUACGCGCUCUUAAGAGUCAAUACUCCCUUUGCUCUUGGUACAUCAUCUGCAUUUCUAUCCUGUUUUACAUACAUCCACAAUGGACCGUUCCCAGACCCUGCUGUCUGCCGUCCCCAGAGGCACUUGGUCGCAGUCUACCAGCAGCGCCUUCAGUCCCCAUGCAAAUCCCGAUGAGGACUGGACUCAGAUCUCUGAUCUUGCUGAACGGCGCCGUAUCCAGAACCGCAUUGCCCAGCGCAACUACCGAAAGAAGUUAAAGCGCCGUCUCGAAGAUCUGGAGAGAAAGGCUGGCUCAGACGCUGCUUUUUCCAAUGCACAAGAGCAGAGUCAGCCUUCCAAAAAGACCCCAAAGACAAAGACAACGACAGCUACAUCCACAUCUACAUCGACCAGAUCCCGCACAAAGCAGCAGCAACAACAGCAGCGCUCCCCCUCAGCCCGUCAGCGCGCUCACGAUCUCUCCUCUCCUUCACCCUACGAUCCCUAUCCUCCUUCAAUGUUCUCCCAGCAAUGUACCAGACAACUCUCUACUUCCCCGCCGCCAGUAUUCGCCUACCCUCCUUCUUCUUACCCUCCCUUGGACGGAUACCUCCAACCCGUAUAUACCCCGGUAGUACCAGUCACCCCUCACCACUACAUCCCGAACAGCUAUAACGAUUUUGCCUGGAACGCCUCCGAACAUCAGCAUUUCGUCUCUGUCCUACCCCCAUCUUCCUCAUCCUCCUCCUCAUCAUCAUCGUUAAUGGUUCCGGGUGGGCUCCCACCGGACUCGAUGAAGGGCCAUACCCAUGAUGGCAGUCUACAUCAUCCGGGUCACGGGUUAUUUCCCCAUGAAAACACGACAGAGGAUGCCUUUGGUCCGUUCAGUAUAGAGUAUCCUCCUAUUCCCAGUCUGGAUUGGCACUCUUCUUCCUCUUCUUCGCCAUCUUCUUCAUCGUCUUCUGGGCGGACGCGUUCUGUCUCUGAUGUUCCUACCCUAGCUUUCCCCAUCGUCGGUAACGGCGGGCCCCUUUCCUCCUCGCCGCCUUCGCCUUCAGAAACUUCCCUCAUAGCGUACCCAUUAACCCCUGAUUCAGACCAGAGGUUUGCGGGGGGCUCUUCGCCGUUCGUUUGAUCCCGUUCGAUUUCUUUUUCGUUUCAGUACGAAACUUGGGAUUGGGAUUUUGCCCUUACAGCGUUGAUGCCAUAUAGCUGUCUGUGUUAAUUAUCCGUCUGUCUUAGCUGAAUCAGGGUUCGGUUUUCCUGUUUUGAUCAAAGUUUUGGAUGGUUUUGGAUGAAAUGAUUACUAUUUAGGUUCUCUUCAUGUCGUAGAUACUAUCAUAUUUAUAUUAUUA